AAAUUCAUGUGCGAAAUCACCGAAAAGCGGAAACGCUUGAGGCGCGCGGUUGCAACUCGAGCGAGGCAGUACUAUAAUGACUACCAGGUGGUCGAAGGGGACAUUCUCUAUUCGUUGGAGAAGAAGGCGGGUAUGAACUGUGUCUAUCGGCUCAGUCAAUUCGACCAGCUCUACCAAAACCGCACUCAAUUUCACAUCCGGACGGAAGCGAUCUACUACAAGUGUCCUGCAGGACACGGCUGUUGCUCGUUGGGAUGUGACAAAAUCGAAGAUGGGAGCCAAGUCUCCCGUAUUCAGGAGAUUCAAGUCUCACCGGUUCACAGCGUCCCGUGGAGAGGUAGUGCCAUUGAUAUGUUGCGAUCUAUCGUUGAUGAACGAGGGUUGUGGUGGAUUGCCGCGGGCAGCGGAUGUCUCAUUGCAUUUGUCCUGCUUCUCCUUAUGCGCACGACAAAGGGCUCAACGAAUGGCGAAGCACGACAUCGCUUAUACUCCGGAGCUGUGACGAGCCGAUCGAUGGGUCAAUUGCCGGAAGACGAUUUGUAUGGCAUUCAUCAAUGGGGAAGGCCGCGAUCAAUGGUUGAAAGUGGAAAGAGCCCCUAUUCGACAUUCAUCCACCCGAAUCACAGUCUAACAUGGAACCCUGGGCGAAUGGGUAGAGUGGCCGGAGUACGGAGGCCGCCGCUUCUCUCCACCUUCAAACCAAUGCAACUGUCGUAUGCGGGAGAAUAUUCUGAAAUGGAUGAUUUGGCCGAAUGCGGACUUCCUCUAGUAACAAAAGUUUUGCCG